CGGGGCCAGAGCUGAGCGGGCGCCAUGGGCCCCCCCGCGCUGCUCUUCCUCCUCCUCCUCCUCCUCUCGCUCGGCGCCAGCGUGGCCCCCGCGGCCCCCCCGGACCUGGAGGAGCCCGAGGAUUACGCGGAGUGCAGUGAUGGUUACGAGUGGGACCCCGAGACCGAGCACUGCAAAGACGUGGACGAGUGCGCGGUGGGGUCCCCGCCGCCGUGCCGGGGCUCCAUGAAGUGCCUGAACCAUUUCGGGGGGUACCUGUGCCUGCCGCGCUCGGCCGCGCUGCUCAGCCCCGGCCCGGGGGCGUGGUUAUGGAGUUCCCCAUUUCGGGGGGGAUUCCCCAUUUCGGGGGGGAUUCCCAUUUCGGGGGUCCCUGUCUCCCCCUCCCCCUCUCCCCCCCUCCAGACGUGGACGAGUGCGCGGGGGCCCCCCCCGUGCCGGCCCAGCCAGGAGUGCAUCAACGUCCGGGGGGGCUUCGAGUGCCGCUGCCCGCCCGGGUACCGGCACCGGGACACCGAGUGCGUGGACGAGGACGAGUGCCAGUUCCGCUGGUGCCAGCACAGCUGCGCCAACUCCCCCGGCGCCUUCUCCUGCCGCUGCCACCCCGGCUUCAGCCUCGGCCCCGACGGCCGCUCCUGCCUCGGUCAGAGCCCCCCCAGCCCCGCCGGGACCCGUCCCCGGCCCUGCCGGGGGUCUGGGGGCGGUGAGGCCCCCCGGACCCCGCCCCAAGCCCCGGGGUGUCCCUGUGCCCCCAGACGUGACGAGUGCUCGAUGGGCGCCCGCUGCUCCCAGCGCUGCCUCAACACCUUCGGCUCCUUCCGCUGCCGCUGCCGCGCCGGCUUCGCCCUGGGCCCCGACGGGCACCGCUGCCUCGACGUGGACGAGUGCCGGGGGGGGGUCCGGUGCCAGCACCGCUGCCAGAACCUCCCGGGGGGCUUCAGCUGCGUCUGCCCCCCCGGCUACACCGAGGAGGGGGGGCUCUGCAAGGACCGGGACGAGUGUUCGGAGGGCUCCCACGGCUGCGGGGGGGCCCAGAGCUGCCUCAACACCUUCGGGGGGCACCUGUGCGUGCCCCGGGAGCUCUGCCGGGGGCCCUACGCCCCCCACCCCCGAAACAACGGGGCCUGCGUGUGCGCCGGGGGGGUCCCGGGCUGCGCCCCCCGCCCCCGCUGGCUCCUGCACCGGUUCCUGGCGCUGCCCGAGACCCCCGAGGCGCCCACCGGGAUCUUCCAGCUCCGGCACCCCCCGGUCGGGGACCCCCAGAGGCUGCGGCUGCGGGGGGGCCCCCCCGGGACCUUCCGGCUGCGGGCGCUGACCAAUCACAGCUCGCUGCUGGAGCUCGUGCGCCCCCUGGCGGGCCCGCGGCAGCUGCUGCUGGAGGUGGAGCUUCUGCGCCCGGGGCCACGCCCCCCGCCCCAGGCCCCGCCCCUCGGCGCGGAGGGACCCGAGCCCCCAGCACAGAGGGACCGCCCCCCGGCGCCUGGGACCCGCCCCCUCCCACUGGGCGGGGCCUGGCUUUGCUCCGCCUCCAUCUGUCAGUGGGGGCCCACCCAUUCUAAGUGGGGGGAGACCGCCAAAAGUCACUGGGAAACCCCAAAAAAUCCACUGGGACACCCAAAAAUCCCCCAGGACCCCCCAAAAUCCACUGGGAACCCCAGAAAUCCCCCAGGACCCCCAAAAUCCCCCCAGGAUCUCCCAAAAAUCCACUGGGACCCCCAGAAAUCCACUGGGACCCCCAAAACUCCACUGGGGACCCCAAAAAAUUCCACUGGGACUCCCCCAAAAUCCCCAGGACCCCCAAACCCUCCCUGGGACCCCCAAAAAAUCCACUGGGACCCCCCAAAACCCCCCAGGACCCCCCAACUGUGCCCUGGCACCCCCGAAGAACCCCCAGGAACCCCCAAAACAACGACUGGGACCCCCAGUAUGGGGGCAAAGAACAAAUGUUCUGAUCAGUUUGGGACUGCGGGGAACUGA